CACGCAUCGUUUCCCGCGGCGGCAGCGGUGGCGGGCGUCUUCGACGACGCAACAAACGUCGGUCUGGCCUGGCGUCUGAUCUGGCUCGGGAACGCGACGGAGAAGACCAAGAUCGCAGCGGGCACGCCGCGAACGCAACCUCCGCGUGCCCGAGCGCGUCGCGGUUUACACCCGCGGCCGAUCCGCCGCACAUAACCUCCCUUCCUGAUUGUGUCAGAUGUAGGUUAGAUCGGGCGCCCGCGGCCGCGGCGCGACGACUCCCUCGGACAUGUCGCGGAGAAGGGAAACAACGAUUUUUUCCCCCCUUGCGUUCUCAUCGUGCCCUUCUCGUUCGCCUGAUCCGUCCGCGUCGCAUCACGGCGCGUCCUCGCCAUCGCGCUCUGUAGAUCCUUUCAGCCUCCGGCGAGUGUCCCCCUCGAAUGCGACGCAAACACGUGCGACGUAGUAUUCAAUUUCUCGUUAUUGGAUCACCGUCGGAUUACCGUCGCUCGACGACUCCAAGACUUCGCCACACUGGACGUUUUUAAUUGAGGACAAUGAUCUAUCUAGAUUUUAGAAUGAAACUUUUGUAUCUCAUCAGAAUCUAUUGUAAAACGUACGAAAGGACAUACAAAUAAGAUUCGCAAUGGCAACUCUGGCUGAGCAAGCUUCUAAAUUAUUAGACUUCAAUCAGAAACUGGAUAUAACGCUGCUCGACAACAUAGUAGGAUGUAUGUAUACUGGGAUAGGCGAACAACAGAGAGUCGCACAGGAAGUGUUAACAACACUGAAGGAACAUCCAAACGCCUGGACACGGGUAGACACCAUUCUAGAAUAUUCACAGAAUCAACAAACAAAAUAUUAUGGCUUACAAAUAUUGGAGCAAGUUAUAAAGACGCGAUGGAAAGUAUUACCGAGAAAUCAAUGCGAAGGUAUAAAGAAAUAUAUCGUAGGCCUUAUCAUAAAGACGAGCAGUGAUCCGGAGACGAUGGAAGCUUCCAAAGUUUAUCUUAACAAACUUAAUAUGAUUCUUGUACAAGUACUGAAACGCGAGUGGCCAAAAAAUUGGGAAUCCUUUAUUAGUGACAUUGUUGGCGCGAGUAAAACCAACGAAAGUCUCUGUCAAAACAAUAUGGCUAUUUUGAAACUCUUAUCGGAAGAAGUGUUCGAUUUCUCCAGUGGUCAGCUCACUCAAACAAAGGCGAAACAUUUAAAGGAUACGAUGUGCAGCGAAUUUUCACAGAUAUUUCAGCUUUGCCAAUUUGUGAUGGACAAUUCACAAAAUGUCCCAUUGGUAGCAGUCACAUUGGAGACGCUACUGAGGUUUUUAAACUGGAUUCCACUCGGUUACAUUUUUGAAACCAAAUUGAUAACUACUUUAAUAUUCAAGUUUUUGAAUGUACCAAUAUUUCGGAACGUUACUCUAAAGUGUCUGACCGAAAUCGCAGCAGUCACCGCCACUGUGCCGAAUUACGAUGACAUGUUUGUUAUAUUAUUUAUCAAUACGAUGCAGCAAUUGGAACUAAUGCUUCCACUGGAAACUAAUAUACGUGAAGCAUACGCUGCUGGUCAAGAUCAAGAACAAAAUUUUAUUCAGAACUUAGCCAUGUUUCUUUGCACUUACUUAAAAGAUCAUGGCGAACUAAUAGAGAAGAAACAAUUAAACGAAACAUUAGUGAAGGCGUUACAUUACCUCGUUCUUAUCUCCGAGGUCGAUGAAGUCGAAAUCUUCAAAAUUUGUUUAGAGUAUUGGAACGGAUUGGCAGCCGAGCUGUACAAAGAGAAUCCUUUCGUGACUUCGUCGCCGCUUUUCAUGUCUAAGAACAUGACGGCUCAUCUUCCGCCCCGGAGAUUAUUUUAUGGUCAAGUUUUGACAAAGGUACGCUAUAUUAUGAUCAGCAGAAUGGCGAAGCCUGAAGAAGUGCUUGUUGUGGAAAAUGAGAACGGCGAGGUUGUCAGAGAAUUUAUGAAGGAUACCGAUUCUAUUAAUCUCUAUAAAAACAUGAGAGAAACUCUUGUUUAUCUUACUCAUCUUGAUUAUUUGGAUACGGAGAGAGUAAUGACGGAGAAGCUACAAAAUCAAGUCAAUGGCACAGAAUGGUCUUGGAAGAAUCUCAAUACGCUGUGUUGGGCAAUAGGCAGUAUUUCCGGCGCUAUGCACGAAGAGGACGAAAAACGUUUUUUAGUGACUGUAAUCAAGGAUCUACUUGGUUUAUGCGAACAGAAAAAAGGAAAAGAUAAUAAAGCUAUAAUCGCCAGCAAUAUUAUGUAUGUUGUUGGUCAGUACCCACGAUUUCUCCGAGCCCAUUGGAAAUUUUUAAAGACUGUUGUAAAUAAACUUUUUGAGUUUAUGCAUGAGACGCACGAUGGAGUGCAAGAUAUGGCCUGCGAUACUUUUAUUAAAAUAGCACUGAAAUGCAGACGACAUUUUGUUACUGUACAAAUAGGGGAAGCGAUGCCGUUCAUUGAAGAAAUUCUUUCUACAAUUAGCACAAUCAUAUGCGAUCUUCAAACACAACAAGUACAUACAUUCUAUGAGGCAGUUGGCUAUAUGAUAAGUGCUCAAUCCGAUGCUGUAGUGCAAGAACAGUUAAUCGAAAAAUACAUGCUUCUCCCUAAUCAAGUUUGGGAUGACAUUAUAAGUCAAGCGUCUAAGAAUGUAGAUGUCUUGAAGGACCAAGAAGCCGUGAAACAACUGGCCAGCAUCUUAAAAACAAAUGUUAGAGCUUGUAAAGCUCUUGGGCAUCCGUACGUGAUACAAUUAGGGAAAAUAUACUUAGAUAUGUUGAAUGUUUAUAAGGUUAUGAGUGAAAAUAUAAGUGCUGCGAUAGCUGUAAAUGGUGAGAUGGUAAUGAAACAACCUUUAAUUAAGAGUAUGAGAGUAGUGAAAAAGGAAACAUUGAAAUUGAUAUCGGAUUGGGUGAGCAGAACGAAUGAUCAUCAAAUGGUAUUGGAAAAUUUUAUACCGCCGUUACUGGACGCUGUUUUAUUGGAUUAUCAAAAGACGAAUGUUCAUUGCGCUAGAGAGCCCGAAGUGCUUAGUGCUAUGGCCACCAUAGUAAAUAAAUUGGAAGCCCAUAUCACUAGUGAGGUGCCCAAAAUAUUUGAUGCAGUAUUUGAAUGUACUUUAGAAAUGAUAAACAAAGACUUUGAGGAAUUUCCCGAACACAGAACAAAUUUUUUCCUUCUUUUACAAGCGGUGAAUAUUCAUUGUUUCCCUGCAUUUCUUUCAAUUCCACCGGCUCAGUUUAAGCUGGUACUUGACUCGAUCAUUUGGGCUUUUAAACAUACAAUGAGGAAUGUAGCAGAUACAGGAUUACAAAUUCUUUAUCAACUUCUAUUAAAUAUUGAACAACAUGAACAGGCCGGUCAGAGUUUUUAUCAAACAUAUUUUACAGAUAUUCUGCAACAUGUAUUCAGUGUUGUCACAGAUACAUCACACACUGCAGGGCUGACUAUGCACGCGACUAUACUCGCUUAUAUGUUUACGCUGAUUGAACGUGGGAAAAUUCAGGUGCCGCUCGGCCCUGUGCCUGAUAAUACUUUAUAUAUACAAGAAUUCGUUGCAAGAUUGCUUAAGGCAGCCUUUCCGCAUUUAACCGAUAAUCAGAUUAAAAUAACGGUGCAAGGUUUGUUUCACCUCAAUCAAGAUAUCACUGCAUUCAAGGAACAUCUCAGAGAUUUUCUCGUACAAAUCAAAGAAUAUACAGGUGAGGAUGAUUCCGAGCUUUACCUGGAAGAGCGAGAAACGGCUUUACGACUAGCUCAGGAAGAGAAAAGGCGGCAGCAAAUGGCAGUACCAGGCAUUAUUAAUCCUCACGAUAUACCGGAAGAGAUGCAGGACUGAAUUUAAUCAUAUAGUCCUUGUCUAUCGUUUUCUGCACAUCCGAAUGCAAAACACUCUGUUAAAGUAAUUAUUGUAUCCUUUGAGCUGUAAUUAUCCCUGCAACAUCACCAUCAUCUCACUAUAAAAAAAUAGGCGAAUAUCGAUGACUUAUUAAAACUGUGAGUCUGCAAAAAAAAGAAAAACUACAUCCUUGUUAAGGAGGUAAGGAAUGAAACGUGGUGACGUUUGUUUGUUAUAGGAUUCUAAAAAAAAAAAAAUUCGCGUUUUUGUUAUGGAUAAUGAGACAAUUGCCUGCUAGCGAUGCUAUUUCAUGUAAUGAAGUAAAAGAAUUACUUUUCUCAGAGAAAGUCGACUAUCUAUAAGAGAUUGAUAAUUCUAGGAUAACAACUUUCACAGUUAAUUCCCAGUUGAUCAGAAUUAUUAAAAUAUGGUGGAUAUAUAGCAAAAAUAACAUUACCAGUCUUCAGAAUUACCCUCGAACAAGUCGAUUAUAUACAUUUCGUACGCGAUGAAUUUUCUCUGUACAAAAUUUUCCACGAAACCUAUGCCGCUACAUUAAGUUUCGUUUUAGCAUUUCCGUGCGAGAGUUGAGGGAGAAAAAAAACGCGCUGUAGUCCACAGAGUUGUUUUGUGCGCACCAUCGGCCAUUAAAAUUUAUUGUCGAAUGGAAUACGAAUAUGUAUGUAUGUAUGUAAGCUUAUUUGUGAUAGCUUAUACUAAUGUAUUGAUACACGAAUUUGUUAUAAUAUAAAUAAUACAAAGGAAAGUUUUUCUCUUGUUCUACUACUUUUCAUUUAAUGAAACAUUUAUUCAACCGAGAGAACACGUCAUUAUUAUUAUUAUAAUUCGGCGAUAUUGUUGACAAAUCAUCUUUAAAAAAAAAAAAGUAAACACGGAACAUUUACAGUGAUAUGUGAGAGAUACGCGCGAGUGAUAAGACUUACGUCUACUAAGAUGUGAAUGCGCAGAUAUAAUAGUAUAUCUAACAGAUCCGAAUAAUUCAGCUAUGUAAAGAGAAAAAUUAUAUAAAUAUAUAUAAAUCAGCAGCGACCUAUUUAACUUGUUAGAUGAUUAAUGCAUUUAUUUGAUCAUUAUACGUAUAAUAGGAUUUCAGUGAAUACUUGGUGAAUUAGUAUACUUUGUCGGGCAUGAGUGUGGUUAGGGAAAAAUCCUUUCUGGUGAUUUAUGCGUGAAAUGAGAAUUGUGUAUAAGGUAUUAUAUUAUUGGAUUUGAGCGAUGUAAAAGGAUAAUUCUUAUGAAUCAUGAUUGUCGUAUGUAUGUUUAAAUCAGUGUAGAGCUUUAAAGUGUAAUACGUCGAUAUUAUACUUACAUGCAACAGGGGUGGAGGGAAGAAGGAAAGCAUGAUCGGAUUGAGAUAUUUUGUGAAUAUAAUUUGCAUAAAAUAGUAUCGUCGCAAGCAGGCUCUGGCAGAUGAUAUGUACGUGAAAGGCGCGUGUUUUUAUCUGACGAUCAAUGAGCGAAGUUGUAAUAUAAUAUUACUAUUAUUAUGAGCCAUACAAUGAUACUUGUAAAUUAAAACAAAAAAGAAAUGAUUGCAACACCGUACGUUUAGCACUUAUUUAGGUACUUCAUCCUCCAUCUCGAUAUUUGUGUUGUCGAAUUUUUUUUAGCUUAGAUUACGAGGGAAAGCGUUACGACGCCGAAGAAUCUUCCUAAUCGAAGAUUUAGUGUGUUACAUCGAGAGAGGAGUUUUUUAAUAUACAUUCUGUUUUUACGAAUCACAUACUAUCGUAUCAUUAGUCAUACGCGGCGUUCUGAGGUUGAACGACAAAUUUAAAUAAACGAAUUUGAUUCAUUGUA